AUGCCAAAGCUGCCGCUCGAGAACCCGCCGUUCCCGCCCCUUUGUCUAGUCGAGAGCGACAAGGAGAGUGUCGUCGACCUGGCCGACCUGGUCGUCGCGGAAGCGAUCGACGACUACGAAGUGCAUUUUGCCCACCACAAUGGCCACGUCGACUCGACGCAGUGGGUCCGCAUCAAGCAGGUCGACGACCUGGUCGUGUACCAGGACCGCCAGGCGCUGACCCAGCGUCGCCUCUCGCGCACGAGUCGCUCGCCGCCGUCGUUGGCGGUCCCGCACAGCGACAUCCUCACGCUCUUGUGGUCGGGGACGAUCCGCGGCGACCUCGACGACAUCAUGUGCGCUGUAGUGAACCGCACGGCCGAGGAAGCAAAGGCCAAAGCGGCGUUCACCGCGAGCACAAUGGUGGACUUUGCCGUGCUCGAGACGCUCGUGGACCCGAGCGCGAGCGACCCGUUUCGAGGCGUGCAAGUCAAGUGGACCGUCAACGCCGGACCAGCGCUCCUGCGGUCCGUCGUGCGCUGCCGGGACUUUGUCUACCUCGAGUCCACGGGCAUGACAACCAUGUCCACGGGCGAGCGCGUGGGGUUCCAGCUCCUCCAUAGCGUGUCGAUUCCAGCGGCCCCGGAGCUCCAUCAGCACAAGUUCGUCCGGGGCAACAUGACGCUCUUCCACCUCUUCCGGCAGAAAAAAGCCAACGUCGUCGAGACGCACGUGAAGGCGUUCAUCGACUUGAUGGGCGACCUGCCCCUCCGCGUCGCCACGACGCUCUUGACCAGUGGCAUGGUCUCUGUCUCGAAGCUCGCAGAGUAUGCGCUCGUGAAGAAGCUCAAUUGGCAACUCGGUCAGCGACGAGAGACCGUCUCGAGCAGCCGCUCGCGGUCCUGUCAUGUCUGCAGCAGCACCUUACAAGGCAGCAGCACCUUACAAGGCAGCAGCAGCAGUAGUAGUAGUAGUAGCAGAAGUUUGCGACAGCGGACGUGUACGAUCUGCAUGAAUCGAUGCUGUGCCCGCUGCUGCGUGUCCAAGAAGAUGGUCUUCACGGCCCCCCGCCGUCGCGACGUGGUGCACAAGACGGCAGUCGUGUGCAAGGCGUGCAUUCAGGCUGCAGUGGCCCGCAACGGCUGCGACGUCGCGCGCGAAGAGCUCUCGCAGACCGAUCGACGCGCGCCAGAGUACAUGUCCUGGUCGGCGGUCUCCCCGACGUCGUCGACGUCGUCAAUGAAGCUAUAG